UCCGCCAUGUUUGUCCUCCUUGUGAGUAACUUGGCGUUCGCUCUCAGCAGUUUCCACACGUUUCCUAUAUAUGCAGAGAGAGUGUUCAGAUUUCUAUUAAGGACACCUCUGGCUGCUCUUUUGCAAGCACAGAACUCAAACGCCCUCUCCCUCCCCUCCAAACUUUUUUUUUUAUAUCAUUUUUGAGUUUGAUCAUCUGAGAAAGAAGAGCAAGUAUAACGGAAGAGGAAGGUUGGAAACAUACCUAGAAAUAGAUCGGGUGGGGGGGUGGACGGCACGACUAGAACAGAAAUAAUUCCAGCAAGAUGGACAUGAAAAAAAGAAUUCACCUGGAGCUGAGGAACAGGACGCCCUCUGAUGUACGAGAAUUGGUUCUGGAUAACUGCCGGGCGCAUGAAGGCAAAAUAGAGGGUCUUACAGCAGAGUUUGUGAAUCUAGAAUUCCUCAGCUUAAUAAAUGUCUUAUUGAUGUCAGUCUCAAAUCUUCCAAAGCUCCCCAAAUUAAAAAAGAAUAACCCCCGGCGUCCUUAUUACUGAAGGUUCAGUGCAAGCUGCCUCUUAAUGAACUGUGAUCUCUGCAAAAAUCUCACCACCUUCCUGUUACUUAUGAUACUGGAAAAAGCACCUUUAUGGCUCAUAGUAUGUAAGGACUCCUGUCUGCUGCCAACAUUAGUUGGAACCCAUAGCAAACACAUGUACCUUUUGCAUUCCUUCACAAUUAGCUGUCCCAGAAAGACUACUUAAUAAACCUUUUUAGUUCAAAAA